AUGACUGUAUUAAAAGUUGCUUACAUCCCAGAACACUUCUCGACACCAUUGUUCUUUGCUGAGCAAGAAAAAUAUUAUGCUUCUAAAAACUUAGAAAUCGAAUUCACCCCAGUCCCGGAGGGUACUGGACGUUUAAUUGCAUUGCUCAAUUCUAAUGAAGUUGAUAUUGCCAUUGGUUUAACAGAAGGUUUUGUUGCUGAUAUCGCAAAGGGUAACGAGGCAUAUAAGGUGGCAGCGACUUAUGUCCAAUCCCCAUUGUGUUGGGCAAUUAGUACAGGAUACAACAGAGAGGACAUUACUAAACCGGAAGACUUGGCUGGUAAAAAAAUUGGAGUUUCGAGGAUCGGCUCAGGUUCCUAUAUCAUGAGUUUUGUAUUAGGCCUCCAAUUGAAGUUCCCUUCUCCAUUCUUUAGCGACCAUCCAACCUGUUCAAACUUUAAGAAUUUACGUGAAUCUGUCAACCACACAUACGAGGACAAGAGCAAAUUUAGCGAUGCAUUUAUGUGGGAACAUUUCACCUCUAAGAAAUACUACGACAACAAAGAGAUUAAAAAAAUUGGAGAAAUUUACACACCAUGGCCAUCGUGGGUUAUUACUGUGCGUGACAGCGUAUUGAAGAACAACUACGAAGACAUCAAGAACUUUACUGAUUGUGUAAACAAGGGUGUUAAGCAUUUCCUUGAAAACCCAGAUAAGGCUUCUUCCUACAUUGCUACUAACUUGGAUUACUCUGAAGAAGAUGCAAAAGCCUGGUUAAAAACCGUCAAAUUCAACGAAUCCUUGGGUCAAAGCGAAAUCGACUGGGAAGCAGUAGUCAACAACACGUCUAAAGUAUUAAAGACUGCUGGUGUUUUGACUGAAAGCGAUGAAGUUAUUCAAAACAGAUUAGAAAAUGGUGUUAUCAAAAAGUUAUGA